AUGGAGGACAUGUGUCAAGCUAUCAUUGGGACACGAUGUCCAAUUAUUUUUUGCCACAUCACUACUUAUAACGAUGUGAUGGUGUCUACCUUGAAGAAACGUCUAGUUCCUAAAGGAGGGUUACUUGAUGGUGAGGCUUUGUUUCAUGUACGUUGUUGUGCGCAUAUUAUUAAUCUUAUUGUGCAAAAAGGUUUGUCUUGCAUUAGUGAAAUAUUGGACAAAAUUCGUGCAUUGACAAAGAUGGUCCCUAAACCUUCUCAUAGGGGUGAUGAGUUCUAUGAUUGUGCGGAGAAGAUUUUUCACUUAAAUGGAAAAAGGAAAUUGAACCUUGAUAUGCAAGAUGAGUGGGAAAAAGUUAGUGUGAUUCACAACUUUUUGGAGUUAUUUUAUGAAGUUACUUGUAUGUUUUCGGUCAUGAAAUAUCCUACUGCUAACUUGUAUUUCAAAGGUGCAUGGAUGGUGCAUCGUCAUUUGUUUGAAGCGGAAAAUGGUCCUCAUGUGUUUUUAAAGGAGAUCGUUCAACCAAUGCUUAUAAAAUUUGACAAGUAUUGGUCCGAAUACAACUUGUACUUGUCUUGUACAGCCAUUCUUGAUCCAAGGUAUAAGGUCAAAUUUGUUGAAUAUUGUUUUAGUAAGUUAUUAGGUAGUGAUGAGGCUUUAAGACGAUUAAAUUUGGUGUUAGCGACUAUGAAGUCCUUGUUUAUAGAUUACAAAUUACAAUAUGCUAGUAGUUCACUUACAAUAGUCUCUCCUUCUCCUGCCACUACUUUAGGAAGUAAGAACUACUUUGAUGAUUAUGACCAUUUUGUCGGCACUAGUACAAGGUCUCAAGUAGGAAAGUCACCACUUGAGAUGUACUUACAUGAUGAUGCUCUUGAUCUCAACUCAGAAUUGGAUGUUCUAGAGUUUUGGCAUCAAAGUUCUGUGAGAUAUCCUGUGGUUUCAAAGAUGGCACGGGAUUUGUUAAUUAUUCCUAUCUCUUUAAUUUGUCUAUAUGUUGCUGUUGUUUCACUGUUUUUUUCUUUCUCAUUCCUUGAAGGGGCUGAUGUUGAUGCACGUGAGGGUGCUGCAGUUUGGAUGAGUGAUCUCCGGAAUCUGUAUGAAUACAAUGCAAUGCUGAGAGAUAAGUUGAUUAGUGCUCAGGUUAGGCUUUCUGAUUUGGAAAAACACACUUCAUUUGCGAAGGGGAACUGA